AUGUAUGGCGUCAUUGUGCCGCGCGGAGGCGACCGCGGACCAGUCUCACUCAUUCGCAUCGCGGCUCUCGCAGGUAGUGCACUGCGAUCGCGAUCCAAAAUGCUAUCACCAAAGUUCCUGAACUUCCUUCUCCUGAAUUUUUUCCUUUUAGCCUCCUCUGAAAAGUGUCCCCCGAAAUGUCAGUGUAUCCAUAAUUCGAUCCGUUGCCUCCACCAAGACCUUCAAGCUAUCCCGAAAACGCCGGACGACGCUCACACUUUGGAUGUGCGUUUUAAUCGCAUUUUUGAUAUCGCACCGGGAGUGUUCAGCCACCUCCAUCGGCUGCGGUCUCUGCUUCUCAACGACAAUCAGUUGAGAGAGUUGCGAUCAGGCGCCUUCCAUGGCCUGCGCCGUCUGAAGUACCUCUACCUAUAUCGAAAUCGCAUACAACACAUCGACUCUGAUGUUUUUCAUGGCAUGGCACAUUUAGAACAAUUGUACUUGCAUGUCAACGAAAUUCAUCAAAUUGAACCCGAAACUUUCUCCAACUUGCCACGCCUUGAACGACUGUAUUUGCAUAACAAUAACUUAAAAACUAUUCCUCCUGGGUCUUUUCGAGGCAUGCCAAAAUUGCAUAAGUUACGCUUGGACAGCAAUGCCCUAGUGUGCGAUUGUGCUAUGCUCUGGUUUAUCCGAAUGCUUGCCGAACAUAGUGAGAUGAGCAUCGCUGCCACUUGCUACGAACCCGCUGGGAUGACUGGAACAUCCUUAGCAGCAAUGAAAGAGAAAGAUUUCCAUUGCCAGCGGCCUCAAAUCGAAUCGAACCCCGAGGAUGUAGUAAUUAGCUUUGGAGAAGAUGCUAUGUUUACGUGCAAGGCGAAUGGUGAACCGACUCCAGAAAUCAUAUGGUUCCGAGAUUCAGCAGUUUUGCCAAUUGACAGUUCUCGAUACGAAGUUAUGAAUAAUGGUACUCUUAUGGUUCAUAAUGCAGAUGAGAAUGAUAUCGGAGUGUUUGAAUGUGCAGCUAAAAAUCCCGCUGGAGAAGUAAAAUCGAAGCCAGCUAAAAUGAUGGUUCAAAGCAAAGCAAACGAUAAUGGUUACCCAGUUUUUACCAUAUUGCCUCGUAAACAAGUAGUAAAAAUAAAUCAACGUCUUGCACGAUUUGACUGUGUUGCAAAAGGUAAUCCAACACCUCACAUCUCUUGGUAUUACAAUGGCGAACGAAUGUUAUUGACUGAACGCAUCUCAAUGCGUCACAAUGGGUCCAUUUUAAUAGAAAAUAUUCAACAUGAAGAUGCCGGACUGUAUACAUGUCAAGCUGAAAACAUAAAUGGGAAGAUAACGGCAUCGGUCACGCUUGAAGUUAUGGUUGCACCUGCCUUUAUUAUAGUCCCGAAGGAUCAAACUGUUACAAUCGGCGAUAUUGCACAAUUCGAAUGUACGGCUCGAGGAGUACCCAAGCCAGUUAUUACUUGGUAUCGAAACACUAUGGUUUUGCCACCUAAUGAUAAUAUAAUUUUAAGUGAUGAAAACCAAAAUUUGACGAUAAUCGAAACAUCUGAGGACGACGGUGGCUUAUAUCAUUGCCGAGCAGAAAACUCUGAAGGACUUACCGAAAUAUCGGCUGUACUCAAAAUACAAGAAUUUAAAAUUAUUCAUCCUAAGAUAAUACUAAAGCCAGAAGACACUGAUGCGUUUAAAGAAACAUCUGUACAAAUGCCGUGUGAAUAUGAAAGUGAUCCGCCAGCUACAAUUGAAUGGAGAAAAGAUGGAAAUCGUAUCGUAUCUAACUACAGAAUAACAAUCUCACUAAUUGGAAGUUUAAUUAUUAAUAAUGUGAGUUUAUCAGACGCGGGAAGUUAUGAAUGCUCUGUGUACAACGAAUAUGGACGUGAUACUGCUUCGGUAUUUCUUACUGUAAAAGAUCACAUUCUACCUGGUGAUGAAUAUGUUAAUAUAGCAUUAACCGAAGCAACAAGAGAUGUUGAUCAGGCUAUUGCAAAUACAAUGGCACAACUAUUUAAAAAUCGAAGUUCCAAUGUCAAUUUAAACGACCUUUAUAGGAUCACGCGAUUUCCAAACGCACCAGCAAGGGAAGUGGCACGAGCGGCGGAAAUUUAUGAAAGAACUUUAGACAAAGUUAGAGAAUUUAUACAGUCUGGAUCAAAGGUAACGGCGGUUCAGCCAUUUAAUUAUGAGAACAUACUAUCAGCUCAGCAUUUAGAAGUCAUAGCUCGACUGUCCGGCUGUGUAGCCCAUAGGGAAACCAAAGAUUGCUCAGACAUGUGUUAUCAUAAAAAAUAUAGAAGCAUUGAUGGUAGUUGUAACAAUUUUGCUCAUCCAACUUGGGGCACUUCGCUUACUGGUUUCCGUAGAAUUCUAUUUCCUAUAUAUGAGAAUGGGUUUAGUCAGCCAACUGGAUGGAAUAAAGAUAUUAAAUAUAACGGGUAUAGUUUACCAAGUGCUCGGUUAGUUUCCACAAAAAUCAUAAGUACUACUGAAAUAUCUGAAGACAUUGAAAUUACACAUAUGACUAUGCAAUGGGGUCAAUGGUUAGAUCACGAUUUGGACCACGCUUUGCCUUCCGUAAGCUCGCAGACUUGGGAUGGUGUAGAUUGUAAAAAAACUUGUGACUAUGCAGCUCCUUGUUUCCCAAUUGAUGUUCCUGAAAAUGAUCCAAGAAUAACUAACCGUCGCUGCAUUGAUUUCGUUCGGACAAGUGCAGUAUGUGGCUCUGGUAUGACAUCAGUACUUUUUGGUACUUUGCAACCAAGAGAACAAAUUAACCAGCUUACAUCGUUUAUUGACGCAUCUCAAGUUUACGGUUUUGAGAAGUCAGUUGCUGAAGACCUGCGAGAUUUGACUAAUGAAAAUGGCACUCUUCGGGUUGGGGCUCAAUUUCCCGGUAAGAAACCUUUACUACCUACAACUGGUCUGAAUGGAAUGGAUUGUAGACGCAAUUUAGAAGAAAGUACUCGCAGUUGUUUUGUAGCCGGUGAUAUCAGGGCUAACGAACAAAUGGGCUUAGCAGCGAUGCACACUAUUUUUAUGCGUGAACAUAAUCGUGUAGCCACGGAACUGAAGGCAUUGAAUCCAUUUUGGGAUGGCGACAAAGUAUACCAAGAAGCAAGAAAAAUUGUUGGAGCUGAAAUACAAGUAAUUACAUACAAAGAUUGGUUGCCACUUAUUCUAGGUCCUGAAGGAUAUACACAACUAGGCGAAUACAAAGAAUACAAUCCAAAUCUUAAUCCAUCCAUUUCUAAUGUUUUUGCUACAGCUGCAUUGCGUUUUGGUCAUUCACUUAUAAAUCCGAUCCUACAUCGCUACGAUGAAAACUUUGAAACUAUACCCCAAGGACAUUUACUUUUGCGCAAUGCGUUCUUUUCACCUUGGAGAUUGGUUGAUGAAGGAGGAGUCGACCCGUUAUUAAGAGGCAUGUUUAGUACACCUGCUAAGCUUAAAACACCUACGCAAAAUUUAAAUACCGAACUUACAGAAAAAUUAUUCCAUACUGCACAUGCUGUAGCUCUUGAUUUAGCCGCUAUUAAUAUACAAAGAGGACGUGACCAUGCUAUUCCCCCAUAUAACAAAUGGAGAGAGGUUUGCAACAUGAGCGAAGUAAAUGAUUUUGAUGACUUAGCUGGUGAAAUUUCUGAUAAAUCUGUUAGAGAUAAACUGAAAGAACUUUAUGGAUCUGUAUAUAAUAUUGAUGUUUGGGUAGGUGGCAUAUUAGAAGAUCAAGUUGAAGGUGGUAAAGUUGGGCCUCUCUUCCGCUGUCUAUUGAUUGAACAGUUUAGACGUUUGCGCGAUGGAGAUCGUUUUUGGUAUGAGAAUCCGUCUACAUUCCAGCGCGACCAGUUACAACAAAUUAAACAAUCAAGCUUAGCGAGAAUUUUGUGCGAUAAUGGCGAUAAUAUUGAUACAAUAAGUGAAAACGUAUUUUUACUUCCCGAAGUUCAAGAUGGCUUAAUUUCUUGCGAUGAUCUCCCAUCGAUGGAUCUUCGAUUCUGGGCAGAUUGCGAGUCAUGCGGAGAAGACAGCUAUGAGAGCGAUUCGAAUCGAAUUCGACGAGACGCCUCAUCUCAAAUGGACCUUUACACUCAAUUCACUGAAAAUGAUCACCGUCUUAAUACAUUGGAAGAUUCUCAAAGUAUACUAGAGAAAACAAUCGAAGAAUUAAAGAAAAAAAUUAAAUAUUUGGAAGAAAAUUGUAAGAAAAAU